AGACCAGGAGAUGUAACGCGUUAUCUAUCCUUCCAGCGAAAGUGAAGGCGAUUUUGACGGGUCCGCCAUUCGUUUGGUGCCGUCUGAGGUUUGACACCACUUGUUUUAUUAGUGAUUUUUGUGCGAUUUCUGAGUGAAAACUAGCAAUUUUUUUAACUCUUUAAUAUGGUGAAUUGUUCGGCUUACGGUUGUAAAAGCCGUAGCACUAAGAAUGAAGUGGGAGUUACAUUUCACAGGUUUCCAAAAGACGAACCAAAAAGAAGUCUUUGGAUUGAUAAUAUGAAAAUUAAAAACUUUACACCCACAAAAAACCACAGAAUCUGUUCGAAGCACUUUGAAAAUAAUUAUUUUUAUGAAACUACCACAGGAAAAAGUAAUUUGUUGAAUCAAGCAGAACCAACUAUAUUUAAUGAAUUGCCAAAAAGUGUGCGGCCAAAACGAGAACUUCGAAAGUUAACAAUGGUGCAUAGAUGGAAAGACCACGAAACUGAGAUAUUUCUCGACUUAUAUAAAAAGCACGAGUGCCUCUGGAAUAACAAAUCAGAAAAUUAUAAAAAUAGGGUAUCGAGAGAAAAGGCAAUAAAUACUAUUUUAUCAGAAUUAAAUAUUGCGGAUCUCUCGGAAUAUGACAUUAAAUCGAAAAUAAAAAGUAUUCGAACAAAAUAUAUGGCAGAACUGCACAAGAUACUUAACUCGGCAAAAAGCACGGAUGAUAUUUACUGGCCUAAAUUAUAUUGGUUUACACAAGCGGAUUCAUUUUUACGCCCAGUUUCAAUACCCAAGAAGUCCUCAUCAAAUUCGUUUCAGACAAUCCCCAAAAUGGCCGAGGGGCAGGUGGAUGAGAUUUAUGAAGACGAUGACCCAUUAGUUGGUACCGAUGAAGAAGAAAUCUUUGAAAUUGACGUUAAACCAGAUACUAGCGCAAGCACACCAUCUGAAUUUAGACUAAGCACACCAGUCCUUAAACUUUCAACUCCAAGUACAUCAAACAAGAGAGGAACAAAACGGAAUAAUACAUCUGAAGUAUCUUCCAUUGAUACGGCAAUUAAGAAGUUGCAAAAGAUUUCAGAAACUAAAAAAAAUUCACCCAGUCAUCUGAAAACUGAAUUUGAUUUCUUUUGCCAUAGCUUGGCUAUUCAAUUAAAUAAUAUGCCACUUAAGCGAGCCCUAAUUUGUCAGUCAAAAUUGCAGUCGGUAAUGUUAAAGGAACGUCUGUCGCAAAUGGGAGACAAUAAUUCAGCAGACCAUGAGAAACAGCAUAGUGUGUCAAAUUCUCCAUCACACUCGUCAAAUUCUGAGGAAGAAGAUUCUACACAUGAAGAACCUUCCCAUCCCAAAACGUAAGCAUUAUUAAUUGGUUAUACAGGAGGGGAUAUACUGUCAAAAGCUUUGGCUUCACUUAUAAACAUGAAUAUCAUGUAUAAUAUGAAUAUUAUGAA